AUGGUGUUUUUGAGGAGUCGCCGAUGGACAGAAAGACAUCAUCCAUACAGAAGACAUGCUGCUGCAUUCGACAAUACUAUUGAGAAGGAUGUCGCCCCUGAACCAUUAACUGGAGAAGAGGUGUUGGCAAGGGUUGAAGGUUUGCCUCAUGAGUUUGGUAAAGCUAAAAAGCCUGCCAAGCGAUCACCUGACCAACCAAGACCUUGCUGGAAAAAAAAGAGUGUCUUCUUUGAACUUGAUUACUGGAAAUAUAUUCCAAUACGCCAUAUUCUUGAUGUCAUGCACAUUGAGAAGAAUUGUUGCGAUGCCAUAAUUGGUACCCUCUUGAAUAUUCCUGGGAAGAAGACCAAGGAUGGAGUGAAUGCCCGUUUGGACAUCGUCGAUAUGGGCAUCAAAACUGAUGUAAAAGUGGUAGCUGGUGAGAAAAAGACCAAAUUGCCUUUUGGUAGUUGGAACUUGCUGCAUAAGGAGAAGAAAAUAGUGUGCGGGUCCUUUUUUGGCAUGUCAGUUCCUACAGGCUUCUCCUCUAAUAUUAGGGACCUAGUCUCGAUGGCAGAUUUAAAAUUGGCUGGUCUUAAGUCACAUGACUGCCACACAGUGAUGCAGUACCUUCUCCCGGUUGCAUUGAGAUCAGUUUUAGAGAAGCUUGUUAGAGAAGUUGAAUGGUGUGGUCUAGUGUUUUUCCGAUGGAUGUACCUAUUUGAGAGGUACAUGAAAGUGUUCAAAGGGUAUGUGAAAAAUCAACAUUUUCCUGAGGGGUGCAUAGCUGAGAAGUACAUUGUCAAAGAAGCUAUUGAGUUUUUGGAAGACCGUGUCCUUUCUCAAAGUGGUACCACUGUGGGAAUUCCAUCUACAAGCAUAGCUGGACACUACAAACAGAACAGACCCUUGUCACGGCCAACCAUGGUAUCUGUUUAUGGAAAGCAGAUGCACCUUGCACACCUUUGUGUGUUACAAAAUACUCAAGAUGUCCAGCCGUACUUCAAGGAGCACAAGGAAUACUUGAAGUUAAUUUACCCAAAUCACGUGAAGAACAAGAAGUGGAUGAGGGAAAAGGAGAAUGAAACAUUUCCAAACUGGUUAAAGGAAAGGAUAUGUGCAUUCCAAUACUCUUUAAUGGUUGCAAAUCAAUUGAGGUUAAAACCUAAUAAUGUUUCACAAACAGUAUGGUGGUUGGCUACCGGUCCAAAAAAUGUAGUGCCAACUUAUGCUGCUUACCAUGUCAAUGGAGUUGACUUCAACACCAAAGAGAGAGACAACGUCCAUUCAUUUCAGAAUAGUGGUGUUACAUUACUUGCCAAUGCUAUGCAAGUUGCAAGUGCGAGGGAUCAAAAUCCAUCUGACGGUGUUAUGGACUUUUAUGGAGUUAUUAAAAGUAUAUGGGAGGUUGACUACUAUAAGUUUAGGGUUCCAGUGUUCUACUGUGAUUGGGUAGAGAGUACUAGGGGCAUCAAAGUAGACGAACUUGGGUUUACGUUGGUGAAACUGAAUAGGUUAGGGCAUUUGAAUGACCCUUUUGUGUUAGCUACACAUGUGAAACAAAUAUUUUACAUUGAAGACCCCCUAGACGCUGAAUGGUCAGUUGUAGUGAGGUGCCCGAAUAAAGACUACCGUGGGAUUGACGAUGAUGAUGAGGAUGAUGACUUAGAGGAGGAACAACCGUUUAUUCCAACAAUGCCAUCAGUUGACACCUUUGAUGAUGUAACUGAGAAUAACCCUAGUGGACAUAUGCGAGAUGGUGAUGAAGGAAUAUGGGUUGAUAACAGUAGUUUGCCUCCUGUCAAUGAAGGCAAUGAUAGCUUGCCUCAUCAUGAUGGAAUGAAUGGAAUGCUAGCUAAUAGGGUAAUGGCACCAUCAAGGAAAGCAUCAAUGUCUGAACGUUUAAAGAAGGCUAAGCGGAAAGCUGCAACUGCUGAAGCUAUCGCUUUAAGAAUUAAGGUUGUGUAA